CACCCUGCCAUCAGUGCCAGCCGCCUCCAGCCCCAUACUAGGCUCUGCAGGAUGGGAGGGCCUUAGCAGCCAUGGGCAACUGCACCAAAACCCCAGGCAGGCGGCUCUCCAAGGAGAAUAAGCAUCCUUCAGAAGCUCCAGGCUCUCCAGCCUCCACCAGCGACUUGGAUGAUAUGAUUGAUGGCACACACCAGCCAGCAUUGCAGAGUUAUUCUGUGCUGCACGGGUUGGUGGGGCCAGCCUGCAUCUUCUUGCGCCAGAGCAUCGCCAUCACGCAGAUCGACAGAGACCUGCGACCAGAAGAGAUCGAAGAGCUAAGAGAAGCUUUCCGGGAAUUUGACAAAGACCAUGAUGGUUAUAUCAGCUACAAGGACCUGGGAGAAUGUAUGCGAACUAUGGGCUACAUGCCUACUGAGAUGGAACUCAUUGAACUUUCUCAACAGAUCACUGGAGGAAAGGUAGAUUUCGAUGACUUUGUGGACCUUAUGGGCCCCAAAAUGCUGGCAGAAACUGCAGACAUGAUUGGGGUGAAAGAACUGCGGGAUGCCUUCCGGGAGUUUGACACAAAUGGAGAUGGACAAAUCAGCGUAGCUGAGCUACGGGAAGCCAUGCGCAAACUCUUGGGGCAGCAGCUGAAUUACCAUGAGGUAGAUGAGAUUCUCAAAGAUGUUGAUCUGAAUGGAGAUGGCCUUGUAGACUUCGAAGAAUUUGUACGGAUGAUGUCUCGUUGAGCUCACCUUGUAGCAUUCGGAGCAGAAGUGCCUUAUGAAGAGGAGGGAUUUCAAGCUGUCACAUACUGCUGCUUGCAAUGGAUCUGACACUUGACCGCAAGGACAGCAGGCAGGCACAUCCCACACAUCUUGCACAGCCUGCCUGGAGCCAAACAGAUACUCUUGAAGUCAAGGGACCCACACCAGCUUCAUACCUAUCAAUGAUGGCCUAGAGCAGAUCCCAGGUUGAUCCCCGAUCUACUACAUCAGAUAUUGCUAGGAACAUUUACCCCAAGAGUUCUGUGACUCUGCCUGUCAUAAGACCAUGCCUUUGCUGUAACAGAAGGACUUAAUGAGGGAGCAGAGUGAACCAACAAAUCUCAUAAACUAUUCUGCAUGCACUUGUAUGAAACAUUCCAAAUGCUUCUCGGUCCUCCUCCUCCUGCUCUCAGUGGUGUUUGUGUCUAAGAAAAUAUACUUUAUUCCUCACUGUGGCCUGAAUAAUGAUUCCCAUCUCUGGAAUGCAAUGGUAAAUGACGUCAUUUUACCCACAUGCAGAGGAAUAGGAGAGAUAGCAGUCCCCAGUGGUGGCAGGGCUCAAAAGAGAACAUGUUUUGUAGCUAAUGACUGCUGUUAAGCUGGCCACAGUGAUCAAAUGGUUUGCUUCUCUGCAAACAUUUAUCAGGAGUAUCAGACAUUACAGCUGUGAUCCAGAAGUGCCCCUGCAUCCCUACCAUGUGUAGCUGGGAAUCUUGAAGGCUUUCUGUGUUGCUUCUUUGCCUUGCAUGUCUGCUUUGCUGGGCCAUACAUGUGGUCAUGUUGCUUUAUGAAUUGUCUUUCAGAGAGUUAAUAUUUAUUUAGAAAAUGUACAGACUGCCUUUCCAAAGACCUGAUCGAGGUGGCUAAUCAAAUAGAAACAAUGAACAAUGAAAUAACAAAAACAUCUAACAUAAAUCCACCAACUAACAAUAAAUCCACUAAGCCAUAAAUAUAGUGUAAAAUGAAUUAGAAUAAGAAUACACAGCACACAAACAGCAGUGAAAUAAUUUCAGCCCAAGCAGUUGUCGUAAAGCAGCAUUCUGGUGGGACACGCAGGCCAUGAAACAAACAAAAAGAAGUGAUAACCUCCCAUUAAAACUCAGGGUAAAGAUAACUGUUUUGGCCUGGUACCUAAAUGACAAGUUUGGUAUCUGGUGGGCCUUAAGGACCUUUAAAUAUUUCAGUGGCCAACACUGAAAAAGCCCUGGCUUUACUUUUACCUGCCACAUCCUUGUGGGUAGGAGCACAGGCAGCAGGGCUUGGGUGAGGAUCUUAAUGGGCAGGCUGGGCAGUAUGGGAGGAAAGGUUUUCAGAUAUCCCAAACCAAAACCCAAGAUUCCCCCACGGUGCCCAUAGGCACUUCUCCAGGUGCCCAUCAUGUGCUUCAGGAAAGCAAGCAGGGCCAUUGUGAAAGCAGAACCAAUUUUCACUGGGAUCCUGCCUACUGCUCACUGGAGAAGGAUCCAGGGCUCUGUAAGAACCCAUAAACCAGCUGUGAAGUGGUGAGGGCUACAGAACACCCCUUUCUCCCCUUGUUAUUCUUUCUGUGAGUUAUACUUCUGCUUAGUCCACCCUCCAAAGCAGCCGAUUUCUCCAAAGGGACUGAUCUCUGAUAUGUGGAGUUCUGUUGUAAUUCUGGAAGAUUUCCAGGAUUGACCUGGAGAUUGUCAACCCUAACUCUGGCAGCAGUGGAGAGCUAUCUCCUCCCAUGCCAUUUUCCAAUUCAUGGUUGGUUGAUAUUUAUUGCAAUGGGGAGAACAUUUUGGUGCCCUCCUAUUUUCUGUCUUAAGUGCAAAUUUAGCUAUGUAAGGAGGGGAUUUGCCAUCAGAAAAAAACCAUGGGGAAAGAUUGGUACUGACCUUCAAAACCUGGAGUGAUCUGGGACUGUAUUUCCCCCACACUACCUGUGGAGGACCCUUCGGUCCUCUGACAGCAAUCUUCUGGUGAUCCCUAGCCCCAAGGAUAUAUGAUUGGCUUCCAUCAGAGCCAGGACUUUUACAGCCCUGGCUCCCAUAUAGUGGAAUGCAGUGCAAGCAGAUGUUAGAGCUCUACAGGAUUUUGCAAAAUUCUGCAGAGAUUGCAAAAAUGAGCUAUUCUGUUGGGCAACAAUUGAAACUGAGUUAAAACUAUAUGAAAGUUUUUGGCCCCAACAUCUAUACUCUUUAGGUCACUGAUAAACAGAUUUUAAUAUCAGUUGGGCCUGUGAAUCACACAAAGACAUUCUUCUGUUACACUAUAUAUAUACAUGUAUACACAUACUCACAGACAUGGGCUCUAAUGCAAUUAAAGAAAUAUUAAUAAAUAAUAUGUGAUUUAACUGAUUGAUCACUGAAAUCUGCAUGUAUUUGCAUAGGCAUAUACUAAUUUUGAAAAAUAGGACUUUUAAAACAAAUUGUACACACAAUAUGUUGCAGCAGCUUCUGUUUAAGAAGAAGCAUUCCCUUCUGUGUGGGAAAGAAUGAGAAGGUCUCCUCUCAGUUGGAGUCUGCCUCUUAUAAUUUUUAUUACUUGCAUUAAACAAUAAUUUUAAAAGAUCUGUGGCCUGAUUAAUUGUGGACACCUUUUUAUUAAAUAAAAAGGUUUUUAAUCAUUCCCAUCAGCCAAACGUUGCAGUUUAGACAGAUUACCCCUCCCCCAAUUCAUUUCAAAUCUGAGCAUUUCAACUCAAAUCUGCUUGAUAAUCUAAUUGUAUGGUCUGGAAGAUCUGUUAUCAAAUCCCAGAUGUGGCAAUAUGGCUUGCAGUUAUUCAGUGGCAAGGGAAAUACAUGCUGAAAGCUCAGUUGUAUUCUUUUUCUUUCAUCAUGUUUGAGAUACAAGUCCCGGUAUGUACAGCCUCCUAUUAAACUCUAGAUAGCAGCAAUUUGCACUCUCCAUGGUUAGAGUUUAAUCCAUGUAACUGAAUAUACUGAACUGAUUUUGUAUUACUUUGUGUUUUUAUUGAAUGGAAAUAAAUCAAAUGAAACAAAGUUCCCUAUAUCCCUCAAAACUGUCAUCUCAAAAAAUAGUAAGCUUGUGUGAAGAGCUGUAAUAUCUCCUAAAAGCAUUCUGUUUACUCUUAUUGAAAAUGUGUUCAGUAACUCUUGUCAUGAUUUUCUUUGGAGUCAUAAGGUGAGCGCUAUAAUCCUGUAGAUAAACAUAAAGGGUAUUUUGUUUGUCAAAUUGUAAAAGGUGAAUAAGACAAUUUACUAAGAAACAAAACAUUUAAAAUACCAAAGUGUUUGGAGCCACGUUGCAUUCUUCUGAGAAAUAAACAUACACACAUAUAUACAAACAACUUAUAAAGGAAAAGAAACAUUUAGCAAGCCAAAGCUACCUUAGUUUUAAACAGUCCCCUUUCCACUUCUCUCCAAAUGCUGUCAACAUCUCUUUCAGUUGGCUCAAAAUCAACAUGUUGACUGAGCAGAUAGCUUUUUCUUUAAAAAACAAAAUCCUGCCUCAAUACAUGCUAUCAAGUCCACUGAUUUAAAAAUGAGUAGUUUUUAGUAGAUGCUGCUUAACCUUUGCUGGGACAAGUAGUUUUUCAUUAUGGCUGCAGAGCAUGAAUACAUCCUUCUAAUCCUUUCUAAAUACAGAUCAAAAACAUGCCUGGAAUAUUGGCCUUUUUGUUUUUGUUCUCAUUGCAUCACAGCUGCCCAGUAUAGCAUCCUUAUCUAAUCACGGCAUUUCUUCUCCAUUAUGUUUAACAAGUGAAAGCCUGCAGAUAUUUGCUGGAAGGCUUAAUUCGAACUACUUAGAAGCUGAGUGCACAGGAAUUAUUGUAGCAUAAUUAAGCCUCCUUAUGACCUCAAAUCAAUUCAACACUGCCCUUUUACAAAACUGCGCACCUUUUUGCAUGCAGAUAUGUUUUAGCAAAUGGGAAAAAAACCCAAAGGGUGUGCAAAAUAAUGGAAAUUAUUUUUAUUCUGGGGGAAAGGUUCAGUCUGGAUUUUAGUUUUCAACUAAAAUGAUGGCUACGUUCAUAAAAGUUUAAAAGUUGACAAUCUGCCCUCUUAAUGGACAAGAACCAAAGAAUCUUCAUUGUAAAUAGUUCUAGCUAGAGAUUAAUUUGUUUAAAUGCUUAGGCAAGCAAGUUCAGAAAUAUCUGUGAAAUUGGGGCCUGGAAUGUUAGAGGAAGGAAACAGUGUGAUAUUGUGGCCUAUGGCCUGGAAUUUCAGAAGAACAACACUAUUCCUCUUUCUUAAGACAUUCAAUGCUGUUACUAUGGAGAUAUGGUGAAGCAGCCCAGCCACCCAGAUAAUACAAAAACUAAGAAAGUAAGCUGGGAGAAGUCUUAAUAUGGGAUGGAUAGAAAGCUCUGGAAGAAUGUUCUGCACCUGCACCAAUAUUACUGAUUGCUUUGUAUAAAAGGUCUGACCCCCAGAGACUGGGUGAGCCACUUCCCUUUCUAGAGCUCCCCUUAUUCAAAUAAAGACCUUUUUGACCCUC